CUUUUGGGAAGAAGUGAAGAUUGAAGAGAUAUGAUCCGGUAACAAUAGGAGCGGACCGAUAUGAGGUCAAUUAUUUCGAUCCAGGCGCGUGCUUGCGUUCACAGUACUGUGAGGGGGAAAUAUAGAGGUUCUUGUGCUGUUUUGAGGUGGUCGUCGACAGAGGCCAGGCAAUGGUCUACGCCUCUUGCAAAACAGCUCUCUGAAGCUAUUACCGCAACUGGACCCAUUCCAUUAGCAGCAUUCAUGCGCAUGUGCUUGACAUCCGACUUGGGUGGAUAUUACAUGUCGAAGAAAGACGGCCGAGACCCAUUCGGCCAGAAAGGGGACUUCAUCACAUCUCCUGAGAUUUCUCAGAUAUUUGGAGAGCUAAUUGGAAUUUGGUUUGUUGCGGAAUGGAUGGCUCAGGGAAGAAAGAGUAAGGGUGUGGAAUUAGUUGAGAUUGGCCCUGGAAGAGGGACUUUGAUGGAUGAUAUGUUGAGAACAAUAAGGAAUUUCAAACCAAUGGCUUCGAGCAUUGAAGCUGUUUAUAUGGUCGAAGCAAGUCCGUCGCUCAGAGAAGCGCAGAAACAGCUUUUGUGUGGCGAUGCUCCUAUGACUGAAACGUCUGUUGGGCAUCAAAGUAUUAGCAAAUACGCAAACUUGCCAAUUAUUUGGACCGAAAAUAUACGUUUUGUGCCUUCAGACCAAGACAAAUCACCCUUCAUAGUAGCCCACGAAUUCUUCGACGCCCUCCCAAUCCACGCCUUCCAAUCUAUCUCUCCCUCAGACUCGGCCCAAGAGACCAUCCAAACACCAACAGGAGAACACAAGCUUACUCCAGAAACUGCCAAACGACAACUCAAAAGUCCUCAAUGGCGCGAAAUGGUCGUGUCGCCCACACCACCUGGCGCAACACACGCCGACCUCCACACCCCAAAGCCACUACAAUCCUCCAUCGCACCCCCAGAAUUCCAACUCACGCUAUCCAAAUCCGCAACACCGCAUAGUCUCUACCUACCUGAAAUCUCGCCUCGUUACAGAGCCCUGAAAUUCCUACCUGAUUCGCUGAUUGAGAUCUCACCCGAGAGUCAUGCUUAUGCUCAAGAAUUCGCACGCAGAAUAGGAGGCAGUAAAGAAGCUCCGAAGAAAGAACCUUCUGGUGCGGCGAUAAUAUUGGAUUAUGGACCGAGUGAUACCAUCCCAACGAACUCGUUGCGAGGGAUCAGAGAACAUAAACGCGUUUCUCCGCUCUACUCACCAGGAUUGGUGGAUUUGAGCGCGGACGUCGAUUUCACUGCUCUUGCUGAGGCGGCAUUGGGUGCCAGUCCUGGGGUCGAGGUUCAUGGGCCGGUGGAGCAGGGGCAGUUUUUGUUGAGCAUGGGGAUUAAGGAGAGGGCGGAGAUGUUGAUGAUGGGCUUGAAGGAGGAGGAGAAGAGGAAGGGCGUGGAAGGGGCGUGGAAGAGGUUAGUAGAUCGAGGGGGGAGUGGUAUGGGGAAGGUUUAUAAGGCUAUGGCUAUCUUGCCGGAGAGUGGGGGGAGAAGACGGCCGGUCGGGUUUGGUGGGGACGUGGAGGGUUGAGGGAGGGGAGGGAGGGGUUGCGUUACAAAUGUAAGAGAAUCAUUGACAUAUGCAUGCUUACUUGUUAUCUGCUACUUUUCACGAGUCUUUUGUUGUUCCUUUGGCUACCUGCGACGAGAAUCGAGGCGGCCUACUUCUCGAGCCUCGAGUAUUCAGUUGUCCAGUGGCUUGUGCGUGCAAUAGCCAGGCAUUGAAAAGGUGCUCCUCAAUGAACCAGAACCAUUGUGUACAAUGAAAUUGGUCAUUUCCUUUUGCCAUUCUGGAACUGGUCUGUUUGGUUGUCUAUACCUGGAACAUCAUUGACGGAGCCUCCAC